GUAUGAAGGAGUACCAGCUAGAGAGUCUCUUCCAUCACCACGUCUACACCAAUGGCGGAUGUCGCUUCACUUCCUACACCUGCAUCUGCGGCAGUGGCGACAAUGCCGCUACGCUGCACUAUGGCCACGCCGGCGCCCCCAAUGAGAAGACGCUUGAGGAUGGAGACAUGUGUCUGUUCGACAUGGGUGGGGAAUACUACUGCUACGCCUCCGACAUUACAUGCUCAUAUCCCGCGAAUGGUAAAUUCACCGAGGAUCAGAAGCUGAUCUACAACGCCGUGCUUCGGUCCAGUCGAGCCGUGAUUGCUGCCUGUAAGCCGGGAGUAAGCUGGGUGGACAUGCACAGGUUGGCAGACCGUAUCCAGGUGGAGGAGCUGCGUAAUGCGGGGCUGCUGCGCGGAGACGUGGAGGAGAUGCUGGCCGCUCACGUGGGGGCGCUGUUCAUGCCGCACGGCCUCGGACACUUCAUGGGCUGCGACACACACGACGUGGGAGGCUACCCGCCGGGAACCGAGCGCAUCGACGCACCGGGGCUGAAGUCGCUACGCACUGUGCGCACGCUGCAGCCACGCAUGGUCAUCACUGUAGAACCAGGAAUCUAUUUCAUCCCGGCACUGCUAGACAAUGCGAUGCGCGACCCGGUGCAGAGUCGCUACCUGGUGGCGGAGGAGCUGGCGCGCUUCACAGGCUGGGGCGGAGUUCGUAUUGAGGACGACAUCGCGAUCACGGACGACGGCUGUGAGCUGAUGACGGUGGUGCCACGCACCGUCGAGGAGAUAGAGACGCUCAUGGCGGAGGGACGUGCCGCCCACCAACCACCCGCCAAGGUCUAGACUGCCGACGCACGCACGCACGCACGCAGAGGGCAGCAUGGAGCGCCUGUGGAACAGGACUGUGUCUACAGGGGGCAGCACUGCUUGGCUGUAUGUGCAAACAGGGGGCAGCACUGCUUGGCUGUAUGUGCAUACAGGGGGCAGCACUGCUUGGCUGUGUGUGCAUACAGGGGCAGCACUGCUGGGCUGUAUGUGCAUACAGGGGGCAACACUGCUUGGCUGUGUGUGCAUACAGGGGGCAGCACUGCUGGACUGUAUGUGCAUACAGGGGGCAGCACUGCUGGGCUGUAUGUGUGUGUCUACAGGGGGCAUUGCUGCUUGGCUGUAUGUGCAUACAGGGGGCAGCACUGCUUGGCUGUGCGUGCAUACAGGGGGCAGCACUGCUUGGCUGUAUGUGCAUACAGGUGGUAGGACUGAGUUGCAUGGGAACGUAUUACCAUAAAUAUAUGUUUACAGUGAACAGGAACACGACUAUCGCUGCCGUUGCAGCAACGAUGUAGAUUUUGUAAUUUCAUAAAAGUGUCAUUAGAUGGCAACAGAGUGAUUAAAAACAUAUUUACAGCAGUAUAGUGGGGUGAUUUUUUUAUGGUCCAUAUGUUCCUUCGUCAAAGUGCACGUAUAAAUCAGUUUGGCUGUCACUUGAUAAGAAUAAAUUCAAACCAUAUACAAUUAUAUCGAAAUAUAAUGCUAGAACAAUGCAUAUAAUAGAAGAGUUAUCAUGAAACAGGUAAAUUUCGUGCAAAUAGUCAUAUAUAGUAAGAUGAUGUGGCAAGCUCUAUCCAAGCAAAAUGUAAUUUAAUCGAUAUAAAAUCACAUCAAAUCGUUUAUUUUGUGUAACUUUUUGCCUUACAUUUUACAUUCCACACAGAUUGCUUGUUGUUUGGUGCUGCCUGAUAACUGUACUUAAUUCUGUUCAUAUGGGUUAAUAUACACUGAUUAUUAAUAACAUAUAUGCUCUAUUAAAAGAAAGGUGUCUGUAAAAUCAUUGAAGGGUUCUGUCUGUUAAUCUAUAGCUAAUAUGUAAUUCGUUAAUCGUAGUUGGAUGAUGAGGUGGAUUGUUCUGUGAUGUGAUAAAGUAACAGUGUGUGAAUAUUAAAGCUGAUUAUAUAGUUACUAUGGCAAAUGA